AUGGUUAUUUUCUUGUUUGACUCAUUGACGAUGGCUGCCCUGUUCUGUGGCGUGUUGGUGCUGCUGCUGUGUGACCUCGACUCUGCAUGGGCCACAUUAGUCACUGAUAUGGACUAUGGAGGCAUUCCUCUGUGGAUUAACCGCCUGCUGGGUGAGCCCAGCGUUUUAAGUCUGCAGGGAAGGAUUGACCCGGCCUGGUUUCGAGCUAACAAUGACCAGGUCUGUCCUGAGCAGUGUGACUGUCCCAUCCACUGGCCGACAUCCGUCUACUGUGACAGCAGAGGCCUUGAAAACAUCCCCCAUGGCCUGCCGCAAAGAACCCAGUACUUGUUUUUACAGGGCAACAAGAUCUCAUCCCUGUCCUACCCGGUCCUGGCUAAUAUUACGGGUCUGCGCUGGCUAAUCAUCGACAACAACCAGCUGGAGAGCAACGAACUGGAGCUGGCCUCUCUGCAGAACCAGACUCAGCUGCGCUACUUUUUCGCGAACCGCAACAACCUGACGUCGGUGCCUGGCGGCUUGCCGGCCGGUCUCAAACAGCUGCGGCUGGCCUACAACCAAAUCAGCAGCAUCAGCCCUGGAGCUUUCCAGAACCUGCAGAAUCUUACGCUUCUGUUGCUGCAGGGAAACAGGCUGCAAACCAUCACAGAGGGUGACCUUAAAGGUCUCAUCAGGCUGAAUCUGUUGGACAUCAGUGGAAAUUUGUUCUCAGCUGUCCCCAGCCAUUUACCUCCCUCUGUCCAGCAGCUUUAUUUGUCCUACAACAACUUCUCUGGGCUGGACGAGGGCAGUUUUGAGGGUUUUUUCAAUCUGAAGUAUCUGCGUCUCAGCCACUGCGGCCUGCAGAGCAGCAGCGUCCACCCACAGGCCUUUAACCACUCCAGCCUGGUGGAGGUGGACCUCUCUUACAACAGGCUGACCACCACCCCCACGGUUCCAGUAACCCUGCAGUACCUCUACCUGGAGGCCAAUAACAUUCAAGAGUUCAACGUGAGCAGUUUCUGCAGGGAGGUAGGGCCUCUGUCCUACUCCCGGAUGAAGAUCCUACGCCUGGAUGGAAACAAAAUGGCACGCCACCAGCUCCCCCCUGAUUGGGUACACUGCCUCCGAGUGCUGCAGAGAAUUUUCAUCUGACUCGGAGAAUAACUUCGACACGAGUACAUGGUGUACCCCUCGGACCCGGACAGGUGCUGAAGCACCUCAGCUUGUUGAUCAUGUCAUCACAUUAAAGCUUGAAAUCAGA